AUGACGACCAGAUAUCGUGUAGAAUUACGACCUGCUAAUGCUCCCAAGACCCACAGGAGGGACCAGCUUGGUCUCUUAGCCGUCCCUUUUGUCUUGCAAUCCCAACCCACAGCAGUCUUUGAGCCCAGAGGCGAUUCAGUAGAACACCAGGCCAACGUCGCCCAACGCCGGUAUGCUGAGAAUCUGCGCGAUGUUGAGGAGAUUAUCAACGACCACAUCCAACACCAAAAAGAUGGGAAGCCAGACCAAUCCAAACUAAAGCUCCUCGUUCCAUCAGUAGCAAACUUCUUCACGCCUCUAGCAUUACACGAUGCAUUCAUCUGGCAAGAUCAGAGACGGUUCAUCAGUCACCGACGCUUUGUUCCCCCUUCUUUUAACGACAUCCGUCUGAUCCUCAACACAGCCCAGGUAAUGAGUCUGAUACGCAGUGGUCCGUUGGAACUUGUGACAUUUGAUGGAGAUGUCACGCUAUAUGACGAUGGAAAGAACCUAACGCCCGAAAACCCCAUCAUUCCAAAGAUCCUCCAGCUCAUGCGUCGUGGAUCAAAGAUUGGGAUCGUUACAGCUGCGGGUUACACGGAAGCUAAACCUUACUAUGGACGACUGUACGGGCUUCUAGACGCAAUCCAAGCUUCCGACCUACCGAGGGAGUCUAGGCAGAACCUCAUCAUUAUGGGCGGCGAGAGCAACUUUUGCUUCAAGUUUGACGAGAACAGUCCAGUCUUGCUACGCUUGGUGCCCAGGGAGGAGUGGCUACUGAAGGAAAUGUUGACGUGGCAUGAGGCAGACAUCAAGGAGCUUCUUGACCUGGCAGAAGCUUCUUUGAACGACACCAUCAGGAACUUCCGUAUGGAGGCAAUGAUUGUCAGAAAGGAGAGGGCGGUGGGUAUCGUUCCCAAGGGGGACCACAAGUUCUGCCGUGAGACACUCGAAGAAACGGUAUUGAUCGUACAGAAGAUACUCGAAAUCUCCGAGGUUGGCCGGCGUCUGCCGUUUUGCGCCUUCAACGGAGGCAACGACGUCUUUGUCGACAUUGGAGACAAGUCGUGGGGUGUUCUGGCUUGUCAGCGCAUCUUUGGGGGCAUUGACGGUAGCAAGACGUUGCACGUGGGCGACCAAUUUCUCAGUGCAGGAGCAAAUGACUUCAAGGCCCGGUUGGCGUGCACGACGGCAUGGAUUGCCAACCCGCAGGAGACGUGCCAGUUGCUGGACGAGAUUACGGAGCUCGACGAGGAGCACCAGCGCAAGACCAGGUAG